AUGCCACGACAAGAGCUCGACACUCGAAGCUUCUUGGCAGGUGUCGUGGAUGACGACUGGAUCAACACAUGGGCACAAGUCCGCUCUGAGCUUGGGAUUUCAUUUGAGGCUGGCCAUCCGACCAUGCCAGCACCUUUGGAGGACGGUGGAAUCAGCAUGAGGCCCCUCAGCAGUGAAGAGAUGAAACAUUGGACUUCCAUUCUUCUGCGAUCAGUUCAGGUUGAGACUGAGGGACGUAGGCUGACGUCACACAGUUGCAAUUGCACGUUGCUGUCAUGGUGCUCGAAAAGAGGAUUGCCCUGGGAGGAUCGGCUUGUGCUUGGAGGACACACUUCAGCAGUGCGAUCUGCUCUGGUGUAUGCGCGUGAUGGCUUGGGCCGUCCGUUGCGCAUGCUUGAGAAACUGCUGAUGGAGGUGCGGAUGGGCAGGUUUUUGCCCGAUGCUACAAGGAGUGGUAGAUUUCCAGGGCCCCUUGCAACGGCAGUGCAGUGUGAUGAUGGGGACCAAAGUGAGUUCUCAUACGUCCCAAGUUUUGGAGAUGCUGAAGUUGAUGACGUCCCAGACAGCCACAAAACCCAUGUUGACCUUGUGAAACAUGCAGAGCUACUGGACACAGGUGCAGCGCGAUCCGUUGCAGGUGUGGCAUGCAAAGUGGAAUCUGCCGAGUCAGUAUGGGACUUGGUGGGCAGCAAUGAGGUGAUCGACUUGGACACUUGCUCAGAUGAAAGUGGAUGCUCAGUCGCGACGACCUCGUCCAGCUCAGAUGAGGGAGCUGCUGAACUUAGCAGCGCCAGGAGACCAGUGCAUCCUCCUACAGUGCCAGGUCAGUUGAAAUUGAUCCAACAUAAAAAGCUCAAGACGUUGCACCUGAUGGAACAGCAGAAUCAGAGGGUGAUGCUUUGUGGAAGAAUGGCUGAGACCAGCCGCUAUGAAAACGUUCAAGAAACAAGGUUUGACACUCCGUGUUGCCACACGUGCUGGCGGAAGAUUCCGGAGUAUGCUUGA